AUGGCUCCAAUUCUGGUGGACACAAAUAUGCCGUCUAUUGAAAGCUUUACAAGCUACCAGAAUACUCGAACACCUACUUUGUCUUUUUACUCGUAUGGGGAUGCUAUUGAACUUGAUCUUGGCCAGUACUGGUCCGGCACUCAAGACAAUCUUGUGUCAACACCAAUUCAAGAGUCAGUCUUUUUGAAAGCUGCGUGGAUUCUUACCCUUCGUUGCUUCCAGCGAGAGGAGGUGACAAACAUGAGCUAUGACGAAGAAUUGAACCUGAGGUCUGCCUCAUCCAUUGCUUUUAUGGUGCGAGUGAACCCAGAUUGGGAUAUAUUGUCCCUUCUCGAAACUCUGGAGAUGAAAAAACCCAACAGAGUGCUGAGUUCUUCACAAUCCUAUGGGGCUCAACUUUCAAAGCUUCACCUCUGCACUUCAGCACUGAGAUAUCUGACUGUUUCAGACCGACUUUUGACUACAUCAAAAUCACUCAGUGAAAACCUAGAGCUUGUCGUCGUGAAAAACAACGGCCGAAUAAGCGCGAGCAUCCGGAAUCCGGAAGAUGUCGCAGAUCACUUGAAUGAGAGUAUGCUGUGGACCUUUCAACACGUCCUCCGUCAAAUCACAUCCCAUCCUGCGACCUUCAAGCUUGAUGCGAUUGACUAUUGUUCAGAGUUCCACCGAAAGAUAAUCAAGAGCCUCACGCAUGCUAAACCAGUUUCUAAGCUCAACUGCCUGCAUGAUUUAAUCAUUGAAAAUUGCCAACGACAUCCAGCAAAGCUUGCAGUAUGCUCCUUUGAUGGCGACUUGACUUACCGGGAUUUGGAUAAUCUGUCUCUGCGACUAGCACUCCAUCUUACUAAAUUGGGCGUAAAGCCCGAAACCUUUGUUCUGAGCAGCUUCCAGAAGUCAACAUGGGCAAUCAUAGCUCGAUUGGCUAUUCUGCGAGCAGGAGGCGCUUACAUCUCAAUCCACUCCAGCAAUCCACCAGCCUAUCUCAACUCAGUGAUAAAGCGCACUAAGGCCAAAAUCAUGUUAAGUGACCCUGGGUUUGCAGAUCAAUUUCUCAAUACAAUCGAAACGGUGGUCGUUAUCACCCCUGAAUGGCUACAGACGCUUCCAAUGAAAACGCAGUCCGUCCCACUUCCAGUGGUUCAGCCAUACAAUGCAUGUACAGUCCUUUUCACUUCUGGGAGUACUGGUAGACCCAAGGCUAUUGUACAAGAGCACCGGUCAUACGCCUCUGCAAUUAGAGACUACGUGCAGAACCUUGGCCUGAAUAAAGACACCAGAUUUUUGCAUUAUGAUGAUUAUGCAUUUGACAUUAGUAACCUGGAGUUCCUGGUUCCUCUCAUUGUAGGAGGUUGCUGCUGUGUGCCGGGGCCGAUGAAGACCGUUCAGGACCUGGCCAGCAACAUUCAAACGCUUAACGCCAAUAUUGCCUUCCUGACACCUACUGUGGCCAUAAAAGCAGAUCCAGAAGCAAUGAGAAAUCUCAAGAUCCUAUGCGUUGGUGGGGAGCCUCUUCCGAAAGAUCUUCUGAAAAACUGGGCUAAAAGCUCGACAACAUUGAUCAAUCAAUUCGGCAUGGGGGAAGCAGCAGUUUGCUGUGCUUACAACAACAAAGUACAUGACCCCAAUAGCUCACCUGCUACUAUUGGAAGACCGUCUAGUGGUGCAAUUUGGAUUGUCGAUUCGACAUGUCCAGAGAAGUUGAUGCCAAUUGGUGCUAUCGGUGAAAUAGUGAUUGAAGGGCCUCAUCUUUCAAGGGGCUAUCUUGACCAGGAUCACCAAGCAUCAGACCGCACAAAGCCAGCUGGAUUUCUUGAGAAUAUUCCGUGCUGGCUGAACGAGCUUCAUCCAGAUCGACAAUCUGCUCGCAUGUAUCAAUCAGGAGACCUGGCACGAUGGACUCAUGAUGGACAGAUCGAGUAUAUUGGGCGGAAAGACACAAUUGUAAAGCUAGACGGGUGUCGAAUCGAUGUGAUUGAGGUCGAGCACCUUGCAAGGAGAUCUCUUACAUCCGACGAUACCAUUGUGGUGGACCUUCUCGGCGUCAUUGAUGGCAAAGAAAAUCCUUGUCUGGCUGCAUUCUUGUAUCUCAGCGGCCACCCAGAAAACAACUCCGAAACGGAAGAGCUCUUUUUGAAAGAUGCAAGUCAAGAUCCGACAGCCUCUCAAAAAGUAGGACGCAUCAAGGAAGUUCUUGCCAUAUCCCUCCCGCCCUACAUGAUUCCGACUUUGUUCUUGCUAGCCACGCGAGUGCCACGUACACCUUCGAAAAAGACUGAUCGCAGGAUGAUAAGACUGUUUUCACAGAAAUUCUAUGCUCAGGAGCGUGAAAAACGGAGUAGCCUCUCAUCCCAUCUUGGCUACGCACAACUUCUUCCUCCAUAA